AUGCGCUACACAACCCGCGAUACAGCAGCAUGCUUUGAGCUGCUGCCCCACGAGAUCUUGCUGCCCAUCGUCACAAGCCUUCCUGGUCUCGAUACGCUUUGGAACCUGAUGAGGGCCUCGCCACAUAUCUGGCGUUUAUUUAGCAGCCAUGCCCUCACUAUCACUGAAGGCAUACUUUCUGGCCCGAACUCAAUUUUGCCCCCAAAAGUUCGAGAGCUCAUUCGUGGAGUUAUACUGGUGCGCUCCAAGGCCCUUCCUUUUCGGAAUCUGGAUGAGUUCCAGACUCAAUUCCUACGCGGCGUGGUUCCUAUUCGUGAACCGGAGGACGCGAAAUUCAUUACUCUUGGCCCAGAAUCAUUAUCUACCUCGAUCGUGCCCUUGCCCAUACUCCAGUCGGUUAUCGCGACCGCAUACCAAAUCUCUGUCUUAUCACAGGCGUGUUUAUCAUCGUAUCUAGCACGACUGAAAAACGUCAGGCCACUACAUGCCUUUAACCCAAAGCCGUACUACACCCAUGGCUAUGGACCUAAUGACGACUGGGUGGCAGCCUGGGAUCGGGAAUUUGUCGGUAUACCUGCCAAAGUGGUCGAUGCGGGGCAACCGAGUUGGGUUGAAGAAAUGAGGGCUUUGCGCGCCAUAUGGAUCAUACAGCUUGUGGGUGAAAUCAAAGCUGUCGUUGGGGACAAGAUAGGCAAAAGCUGGGCCAAGGAAGAUAUCGAUAUAUUGAGUCAGAUGAAUGCAGCAGACCUGGUGGAACGACCUGAUAGUUCCAUUAGUAAAGCUGAGGAGAUCAGGACCGCAAUGGACUACUUGACAAGUCUCGGACGUGCCCAGAACGACAACUACUACCGAUUACCACGCCCGCCUCCAUUCUCAGAAAGUCCCGGAUGGAUCACGGCAUCGCCAGAGUCAAGCAAGGUACUCCGGGCUGUUUGGGGAUAUCGUCGUAACGGGCAAAUUCACCGUUUGGAGAAGGGUACUGCUAUACCAGAAGACAGCACACCACUCAGGCGGCCAUUACUCAGCGAGAAUGCUCGCUGGGAGCAAACCGAGGAGUUCUUAAGCAGGGAGUCAUCAGGUGUGUCUAGUUGGGCGGUCCUUACAAUUGGUCCUGGUAACAGCUCGCCCAUUCCUGGUGUCAAAUUCGACUCUUUCCGCCGACUGGGCUUUGCUUUCUGGGAUAAGCGAAGAAUGUGCCUUUUAGGUCUGACCUGGGACCUAGAUGGACGAGGUUAUUCAAACGAGUUUUACUUGUUCGCGUUGGAAAGUAUUUUGCCUCCUGAUGAGGUUGCCAACCUCAAGGUCGAGCUCCGGAAGAAAGGGCAAAUCUUCUAUUCUGAUUCUUAG